GAGCAGCCUGCCCGCCAUGCUCAGGGGGAAACGCGGGAGCCGGGUGGGCGCCCUGGAGGAGGGGACGCCCUUCGUGUCCCUGCUUCUCCCAGAGGCCGUGACCGAGCGGGUUCUGCUUCUGGGCAUCUUCCAGAUCCGGAGGGAAAGUUGCGAUGUGGUGCUGGGCGCGCGGGCCCUGCGGUGGGGGCGCAUCCAGCCCGAGCUCCCAGCCGGUGGUUCCGAGUGUCAUCUGCUGGGCAGAGAAGAGUCCAUAGAACUUGAAGACAUAUUCUCUGUGAGGCUGAAGAGGCGCUGUUCUGUGAAGCACCCAGGCAAAGGCACUCUCUUGGGUAUCACCCUUUUCAUAUGCUUGAAGGAGCAACAAAACAAACUAAAGGACUCUACCCUUGAUCUUAUUAACCUGAGUGAAGACCACUGUGACAUAUGGUUCAGAGAGUUCAAGAAAAUUCUGGAAGGUUUCCCAAGCAGGCCAAAGGCUCUAAAGAUCCUUCUCAACACCCAGAGUCACAGAAAGGAGUCUGUCCAAGUCUAUUAUGAGAAGGUGGAGCCUCUGCUGAAGCUUGCUGGGAUAAAGACUGAUGUGACAAUAACAGAAUAUGAAGGACAUGCCCUAUCCCUGCUUGGUGAAUGUGAACUCCAGGCAUUUGAUGGUGUUGUCUGUGUUGGUGGAGAUGGAUCUGCCAGUGAAGUGGCCCAUGCUCUGCUCCUUAGAGCUCAGAAGAAUGCUGGGGUGGAGAUGGACUGCCUCCUGACUCCUGUUGGGGCACAGCUUCCCCUUGGCCUAAUACCAGCAGGAUCUACGAAUGUAUUGGCACAUUCUCUUUGUGGAUUUCCUCAUGUGGUGACUGCAACUAUGCACAUUAUAAUGGGUCACAUACAGUCAAUAGAUGUGUGCACCUUUAGCUCUGCUGGUAAGCUUCUUCGCUUUGGUUUCUCAGCCAUGUUUGGCUUUGGUAGAAGGACUUUGGCUCUGGCAGAGAAAUACUGAUGGAUGUCCCCUAGUCAGCGGAGAGACUUUGCUGUACUCAAAACAUUGGCCAAACUUCAACCAGAGGAUUGCAAGAUAUCGUUUCUACCAGCUGGUUGUUCCCAGGAUGAACAAGAAAGAGAAAGUAACCAUUCGCUUCCAUUUUCUUUAUACCAUGAUGGUCAAUGGCAAACCAUCCAAGGGCAGUUCCUGAACAUCAGUAUCAUGGCAAUCCCCUGUCUUUGUUCAGUGGCACCCAGGGGCUUCAUACCUGACACCAGGUUGAAUAAUGGAAGCCUGGCUCUCAUAGUUGUACAGAACACCACUCGACAAGACUUUGUAAAGCACCUGAAAAGAUACUCUAGCAGAAAUAGUCAGUUCAGUUUUCCCUUUGAGGAGACUUAUACCAUUAACGAAGUAAAAAUUCAUCCAAGGAAUAAUAGCAACGACUACAAUGAGCAGGAAGAGGGUCACAGCCAUGCACCUGUUUCAGAAAAUGGUUUUCCUUGGAAUAUAGAUGGAGACUUAAUGGAAGCUGCAUCUGAGGGCCACAUUAGAUUGCACCCAAGACUGAUCAGGCUUUAUGGAGGAAGCCUGAAAGAAAUGAAUGACUCCAAAGUAGCAUGUAAUUGCAUAUAAAAGAAAUGUGUAAAGUAGAAAUUUAUUAUGAAGGAAUCUGGUAUGCAACAUAUGCACAAAUAGAAAAUACAUUUUUGAAUGAAAAUGUCUAUUUA